UGUGCAUGACAUCAUGGUAAAACACACUGGCUUUACUAGUACGGAGUGGUAUUAUGCAUAGGAACUACUUUACUUUUGGACACUCACGCACCAUGGUGAUGAAAAUAUAUAUAAAAUAAAACUAUAGAAAAGCCUUCUUCUCCCUCACUCCCCAUACAGUCGCUGUGGGAGGGGAAAAGCGCUCAAGAGCGAGGAUCCCAUUCCCAUCGAGCAGCAGGAAGGUAGCAGCCAUGGCCGACAUCGAAUUCAGCGGGAUGCUUGCUUCGGCAGUCGUCAAGGUGGCCCGUGACAAGUUGGUGAGCGCCCUGCGACUGACCAUGCCUGAUGAUGAGAAGCUGAGGCGCCACAUGGAGGAGCUGAAGCAGACGAUGGAGGACAUGUCGGAGGUUGUCGGCAACGCUGAGAGGCGUUCCACAAAUGAUGAAGCGGUGAGGGAGUGGCUGAUCCGUCUCGAGGGCGCCGCCUACGGCAUCUGGGACAUGGUCGAUGAGCUCCAGUGGAAACCGGUGACAGUAGAGGUGCACCGCCCCUGCGGCCUCUCAAUUGCAACCGCACGCAAGGGGAGGAGCAUUGCCAGUAGGAUGCUCAAGGCCAAAAAAGACCUCGAUGAUUUAUUAGUGUCUGGCCUUCAAGGUAGGCUGGCGUUUGAGAGGGACGCCGAUAAAGGAAAAAUGGAGCAAUCUGCUGAUGAUGCUUAUCCAGAAACGCCAUCUGUUUCUGAUAAUAUUCAAGAUCACAUUGUGGGAAGGAACAAGGACAAACAGCGUGUAAUGGACAUCAUCUUAUCUGCAGCCGUGAAGGACAGCAGCGAAGGGCUCUUCAUCAUAGCCAUUGUUGGGGAAGGAGGCAUAGGAAAGACAACUCUUGCAAAAAUGGUUUUCAGUGAUACCACCACCACCUUAAUCAGAGAUUACGCUCGGGCAUGGGUCACUGUGGGACACCAAUUUGAUUUGAAGAAAAUAGGCAAUUGCAUCCUUUCUCAACUGUUGUCAUCAAAUACUAAAGGCGAGCAUCAGGAUUAUUCAAGUUCAAGCGAUGUGGAGUCCAUAAUGAAGCGCCUUGAUCAGUUAUUACUGGAGCGUGGUGCUGGGAACAAGUUACUCGUCGUUCUAGACGACCUAUGGUCAGAUGACAGCUCUGAUUUGGAUGGCCUCAGGCGCAUGCUGCAGCAGGGUGCAGGGAAGGCAGACCGCAAGGUGAUUGUCAUGGUAACCACGUGCCGCUUAAGUGUCGCACUGGGACUAGAUGCGCGUCUUUACACCCUAUCUGUCCUCAGUCCGGCCGACUCCAUGUAUCUGCUCAAGCGAAAACUUGGCUUUGCAGCUAGAUCUAAGGAUGCUACACUGGAGCUGGAGGAGCUGCUACACAAGAUUAAUAUAGUGUGUUAUGGUGUUCCUUUAGCAAUUCACGCGAUUGGGUCCACCCUGCGGUCCAAAAGUCGUGAAGAAAUCAGAUCUAUGCUCAACAGUGACGUCUUCAAAUACAUCAAUAUUAGUCUCAUCUGGGACUACAAAUACAUGCUUAAAGUAUUGCUGUGGACAUAUCUGUGCAUGCCACCGAAUUUGAGAUUAUGCUUUGCUUAUUGUGCAAUCUUUCCACGUGGCCACAAUAUACUUAAAGACGACCUGAUUCACCACUGGACCGCUCUCCAGCUGAUCGAGCCAUCAGAUAAACUCUCUACCGUGCAGCUGGCUAACAAGUAUAUUGACAUCCUCUUGGACAUGUCGUUCCUUCAACCUACAAUGCAUCCUUUGGAUGAUACGCGUGCAGUGUCCUUCACUUUGCACGAUCUAGCACAUGACUUGGCACUUGCAGUUUCAUCAAACAAUCAUUUUUUUCAAAAGAACUACCAACAAGAAUUGCUCACCAAUGUGUCAGCUCGGCAAAGGGUGUUCGUUUUGCAUGGUUGCAGCGAUAAGUUGCCUAGUGAUGAUUUGUUCUUGUCUACCAAAUACCUGCGUGUGUUGGAUAUAAGAGACUGCUGGCUGCAGAAACUACCUGAAUCUAUUUGUCAGUUGAGGCAGCUGAGGUAUCUUAAUUUGUCAGGCUCCACUAGGCUUGUAAGUCUACCGGAUUCAUUUGGGGAUCUAAUAAAUUUGGGGCAUAUUGAUCUAUCAAGCUGCUCUGGGCUUUCAAAACUGCCGGGUUCAUUUGGCAAUCUCACAAGUGUCAUGCAUAUCAACCUAUCAGGCUGUGCUGGGCUACAAUCCCUGAACGAAUCAUUUGGCAAUCUCACAAAUGUCGUGCAUGUCAAUCUCUCAGGCUGUGUUGGGCUAAAGUCCCUGCCUGAAUCAUUUGGGUUGCUUGAAAAGAUGGAAUAUCUUGAUUUAUCCUCGUGCUCUUGCCUUGACGAGAUCCAGAUUGCAUUAGGUCGCCUUACCAACCUUCAGCAUCUCAACUUGUCACACCCUUGCUGUUACAUUGCUCAACACAGGUUCCAUCUCAAAGGGCUGAAAGAUGUCUGGGUCAAGCUCACCAACCUCCAGUAUUUGAACUUAUCCAUGUGCCUGAAUCCUAUCUUUUGCUAUCUGUCAGAGCAGGAGAGGGUCGAAUACAUUGAAAGCAUCAGUGGCCUUCAUAAGCUGGAGCACUUGGACCUCUCUCAUAACAUAUUUCUUUCAAAUCUACCUGAAAGUCUAGGUCAGCUCAGUCAACUACAAACACUGAACAUUUUUGGCUGUGCUAGACUCAAGAGAAUAGAAAAAUGGAUGGGAGAAAGGAAUUUUCCGAGCAAGUCUCUAGUUGUGAGCAACUGCCUGGGUCUGGAAAUGUAUCAGUUCGUUGUUCGCACUGAUGGAGGAGCAAAGAGCAGCAACCUUUCUCAGCUCAAGGAUGUGAGUUGCAAAGAGUUGGAGAUAAGCUGCCUUGAGAAGGUAAUAUCUACAGAGGAAGUACAGAGCAUAGGAUUGCCAGAGAAGAAGAAGCUGCAGAAGUUGACACUUGUUUGGAGUACGGCCCCUGAUGAUGCUUCUUUCAAGGACCACGAAACUUUGUUAGCGGAGCUAGUGCCACCACAAAAUUUGCAGUGCUUUGAGCUACAUGGUUAUAGAAGCCAACACCUCCCGUCAAGCAUAUUUUCCGAUCUCCCUAACCUUGUGGAGGUUACCAUGGUGGACAUUCCGAGUUGCAGCAAUUUAGCGCCACUUAGUGUGUUACCCAACCUGAAACGGCUGAUUCUCAGAAGGGCGGCUAAGGUCACAAGAAUUGACGCCCGUUGCUCGAGCGGUGGCAGCAAAGCUGCAUUCCAGCGACUCUUGCAUGUCACCCUGGAUGAUAUGGUAAACCUGGAAGAGUUCAGCAACUGCAGCAGCAGUGACGAGUUCGUGAUGUUCCCCACAGUAGAUGAAUUCGUGAUAAACAAAUGUCCCAAGUUAAAGUUUGGAGAUUCCCCACCUAAGGCCCGGAUGUUGGUGAUUUCAGAUUGCAACCAACUGAUGUCAUCUCCCUUGAAGAGAGGAGAACAUGAUGCUGUGGAGGACCCUUCUAGUUCUACUUCUACUGCCAUCACAUGUGGUCCAGUAACUGAAGUGGUGAUCGAGAGCUGUAAGGUGCCUCUGGAUGAACUGAACUGGAGUCUGCUCCAAGGCUUGGCACCCCUGCAUAGUUUACAUAUCAGGAAUUGCAGUGAGAAGAUCAUGUCACCAGAGAUUAUGAAGGGCCACCUGUCGCCCCUCAAGUUACUGUGUUUCUCUCAUUGCGAUAGCAUGACUACUCUACCAGAACAUGUGGUUCAGGUUCAGGACACCUCUCUCCAGGAACUCGUCAUCCAUGAAUGCUGUGGCAUCAAAUCUUUGCCACAGAUCAUAUGUGAGGAGAACAAGAAACACAACCCCCAUGGGCCGCCCAGCAUAUCUGAGUCCGAGGAAAAAAAGAAACAUUACCCUCUUUUGCGUAUCAGGGGUUGCCCAGAGUUGAAGCAGUGGUGUGAACUAGAGGAGAACAAAAUGAAGCUCGCUCACAUCCAGAUAAUCUUUGAGGAAUCUGGCGCUAGCGAGUGAGACAACCACUCACAGGAAACAUCAGAUUGAGCCGAUGCAUUCGUUUGCCAAAACUGCAAUAGGUGAAAAACUGCACCACUCGCAAGAGAUUUGAAAUAUGUUCACUCUGAUGGUUAUCGGCAGUAGGGGAGUGUAUGCUGGGGUGCCCUCCCUCCCCACCGUGUUCUUAACUACGCUGGUAACUAUUGGUAAUGUUGUGCCUAGUAUGUGACUGUGAACUAGGGCUCAGUCUUUGCUAUUGUUGUUCAUGAUCAUGGCUUGAAAGUUGGUUUGUAUAUCUGUGUUUCUGCGUAGUAGCCACAUGGAUGUGUUUUGUGGUGUGUGUAUAUAUAUAUAUAUAUAUAUAUAUAUAUAUAUAUAUAUAUAUAUAUAUAUAUAUAUAUAUAUAUAGGUAUUGUAAAUGCUCUGACAUUUGUUUGUCGCAUUCUGAUCAAGUGAUAACAUGAUGCUCAACAUUAUUAAAUA